AUGCAUCCUAAACCAUCCAAAGGUUGGAUCUCCAACAUGUUCCGCAUGGGCAGCACGCUCGAUGUGAUUACUCUAUUCCACAAGCCCAGCAUCCCGGCGUCGGUCCGGGUAUUGAACCUCCUCAAGCAAGCAUCGGCCCAGGCGAGCGAGACGGCCACGGAAGACCAGGCCUCAGACCACACGCCGCAGAACACCGCGGUCACGCGAGACCCGUUCGAGCUCGAGGUCACCGAGGCCCCGCCGACAUCUGAUCAACUCAAAAGCAUCUUUGAAUACCUGGGCCCCGGGGUUGCUGGAGAACUGGUCAAGGGAGCGGCCAGCCAGAGCGAUGCGUUGCGGAAAAUACAGUCCAAUGGCGAUGCGUUCACUAGACCUGUGGUAGUGGACUGGACCAGAGGAAAAGCCGUCGUGGGCGACAAGGAGAGCGAGAUUUUGAAGUUGUUGAAGGCCGAAAAGGAGAACCAGAACUGA